AUGAAUAUUAUGAGACCAUUUUACACCAGAAACUUUGCGGGUACGCAGUUGAAAAAGCUGGUAACUGGUCCUUUGCGCUUCAGUUCGACGCACUCUUUUUACAAACCAGCAAGAGUUCCACUCUCAAUUACACCCAAGAUUGCCGGAUUUGCAGGCUCCGCGUGCUUGGCGUUGGCUUUUUCGCACUAUUCGGGCAAAGAUGCCAUCAAAAACGACACCAUUCUCGAUGUCAAGCAAAGACACCAAACUUUGCCAGAUGAGGUUGGCGUUCCAGUGAACAAGGUUGAAAGUAAGGUUCGCAAGCUGAAUUAUCGCCAGUUGUGUUUAGGCUCAAUAAUUGGCGUUGUGGCCGGUGUUUUGGUCGGUAAGAUCUCCACGGCAUUAGUGUUUAUUACGGCAUGCGGCCUCCUGGGCAUCCAAUGGCUUGAAAAUAGAGGAUUGGUUGACAAAAGAUCGACGUGGAGGCUUUCGAAAUACGUUUUGAGAACCGGAAAAGAGACAGUGGACGUCAACACGUUGAUCUGGGAAAAGCCCAGUUUCAAGAUCCCUUUUCUACUGACAUUCGUCCUGGCAGCAGUGAACAUAUGA